CUUCUCUCCCUCGGAAAUAGGCCAUCAAUCAUGCGCUUCUUUGUUAUCGGAGUUCUUUCUCACAUCUUUUAUUUCCGGCAUGGAGAGCAUCACAUGUGCGGCAUCUUCUGGCUACGACUAUUUCUUCUCUUUCCUUGCAUUGCCACAGUACCGAUCUCGCUGUUGCGAGACAUAUCUGUGAUCGGAUGCUUGAAGCUCGCCAUUUCAAUCGAGGCUCGAUAUCUAAUUGGUUUAUUCACCAGCAUUUUGCUGUAUCGAAUAUCAGCUUUUCAUCGUCUGCAUCGGUAUCAAGGCCCAUAUACUUGGCGCAUGAGCAAACUGUUCCAGGCCGUUGAUAAUAGACAUUUCAACGGGUUUCGGAAUCUUUACGCUGCGCACACGAAGUUUGGAGACUUUGUCAGGACUGGGCCUUCCGAGCUCUCUAUCAUAGAUCCAGAUGCUAUCCUUGCCGUCCAUAGCUCUUCUUCGAGAUGCACACGAGCCGCAUGGUAUAGUAUGGCACACCCACUGCGCGCUAUCUUUCACACACGCGACAAAAUAGAGCACGAAAAGAGAAGGCAGGUCUGGAGCCCAGGCUUUUCUACCAGGUCCUUGAAGGACUAUGAGCCCCGCAUCGAAUCCCAUAUCUCACGGUUGAUACAACAACUUCGUCGCAAGCCAACGGAAGAAGGCGUGAAUGUCAGCUUAUGGUUUAAUUACUUCACUUUCGAUGUGAUGGGAGACGUCGGAUUCGGGCAAGGGUUCAGCAUGAUUGAGAAGGGCAAGAGGUUGGAUGUUCUCCGGAUACUAGAGAACGGCCAGAAGGGCCUCGGAGUGUUUGGGGUCGUACCGUGGCUGUUCAUGAUGUUAACGAGAAUCCCGAAUAUUAGCAAGGAGCACGACGUUUUCGUCAGGUGGUGCGAGCAGCAGAUUCUUGAUCGCAAAAGCAGGAAAACGGACGUUUGCGACAUAGCCGCUGCGCUCAUCACGGAUGACCGGCAUGCCACGGAUAAGGCUCUAUCGCAUCAAUGGUUGGUUGGGGACAGUCGUAUCUUGAUAGUAGCGGGAAGCGACGCCUUAGCAUCUUCGCUCACCUUCGCCUUCUACUAUCUUGCCAAGGACCCGAAGCACAUUUUGGCAAUACGAGAAGAGCUGAAUGCGAUAACGGCAGGAACAGUGUUAGAUGCGGAAUCUCUACGAAACAAAGCGGCUUACCUGAACGCCUUCAUUACCGAAGUCCUUCGAUUAUGGCCCCCCAAUCCUUCUGGCGUGCUCAGGCAGACUCUAGAGGAAGGACUGCAGAUUGGGAAGAAACGCCUCCCUGGAGACAUAACGAUUUGCACCCCUUUUUGGGUCCUGCACAGAUCCCCGAGAUGUUUUGCUGAGCCUCACAACUUCAUCCCUGACCGGUGGACCAGUCGGCCAGACCUGGUACUUCGUAAAGAGGCGUACAUGCCUUUCGGUCACGGGGCUUACGCCUGCAUCGGGAAGCAACUCGCAUUGAUGGAAAUGCGGCUUAUGAUCACCAGGUUGGUAAUGGAGUUCGAUAUCCGAUUCGCCCAGGGUGAGGAUGGCCGCCGUCUGCUGGAGGAAUCGAAGGAUUGGUUUACAUUUGGACUUGCUGGUUUGAUGCUUGUUUUCAGCCCGCGGGAGCGUUAA